AUGGAGAGAAGACCGGUUGACUUCGCAGUUGGGCAAGGCGAGUUGGCGCGGCGAAGGGCGGCGCUGGACACACUCCAUCGAGAAGUGGGCGCGGUGCGAGGGUCAAUGGGAGGCGGGCGGGGGGGAGGGACUGCGGCCGUGGGGGCGGCAGGAGGCAGCGGGGGCAUGUCCCGCCUCGAGCAACAGAGAGAGACCAUGAAAGAACACGACCGCAUGCUGGCGGACCUGGGUCGAGGGGUAGGACGACUCAAGACGCAAUCGGUGAUGAUCAACGAGGAAACAUCCCUCCACGUCAGGCUGCUGGAUGACAUGGAGGGAGAUGCGGAGCGGGCGUCAUCGGGGUUGCUCACCGAAGCAAGACACGCUGAAAAGAUUCGUGAAAAGAGCAAGACCUUCAACCUGUACGUCAUCAUCCUGGUGCUGUCUAUCAUCCUCGCCAUCCUCGUCUUUUCGGGCCUCUGAUUGGUCGAACAGCAAGCACCCGAUUAAUCGGGUAGCGUGAUUGGUCGGGUCACCUGCUUGGUGGAGUCGGAGUUAAGCUAAACAACGUGUUGAGCUGGCUUCAUUUUAAUGUGGAUUCAGUGCGUCAGGUCCAGGCUGUUGAGUCGGUAUGGUGGGUCAUUACUUGACCAUCCAUGACCAUCUUGCGUUCCGGGUCGUCGAUUUUUUUUUGCAUCGUAAAUAGCUGUAUUUGUAGGAACCCGUUCUCAGGAUCAAUUGGAUACAGGUACUUCAAAUACUGACGCCGCUAAACGAACAGAGGUGUUUGCUCUGUCGAAACGUGUUGUUACCCGCACGGCAGGGACAGAGAAACCAGGGUCAUUCCUGUCACCGAAUCAUAAGAGAUCACGUUGAUUGUGACCCCAUAGAAAUGGUUUAUCCAUCUACCAACGUAGAUGAUUCCGUUUCCGUCGGUCUUGCUCAGUGAAUGAACGCUGUGAGACGAUUGUUAUGAAAGGGUCAUUCGCCUUUCCUAGCGUGGCGGGACGCAGUGUAAGCCGGGUUCCUUUCCCAGCGUGGAAUACUUUGGGCCAGCUCUUGUGAUGACGAAUUCCGUCUCGUCGCCGUUGAAGAAAUGAAUGAGCAGUUCUUUAUUUUGCAAGAUACAGUACACGGGAGAUCGGUGCAAGGCUUGCCGGAGGGGGCAGUUGCACCCCGUGCUGGCGUAGGUGCGCGCGCAUAUUUUGAGGAUAAACCUUCAACCCGUUGCAUCCUUGUGUGUGCAUGUUCCCGGUGACUAAUCCGGUCAUUCCUCAUAACCUCGCUACUGUCACGAUCAACCCUCGGUGUGGCGAGCUGGUUUGCGGUGUCUGGCGGUGGGAAAGCCCUCGACACUCCCGUGUGUGCGCACGAUUCGUCUGCCGUUGUUGUGUGCAGCAAUUCUCUCGACCCUCCCGUCGCGGCAAAGGGUUGGUCGCUUUCGCAUCUUGUACGGCUCGUGCGUCUCGAUGAUGACAAGCUUGCUUGAUGUGCCCCUCGAUAUGGGUGUGUUGUAUUCGGGAUAGCCCGUAGUACGCUGGAUCUGCCGCCCCCCUUGUGCGUCUGUUUCUGACAAGCCUAGGGACGCCGUCGGCUUGGCGUGGCCUCUGCAACUUUGCAUUCUUUUGGCAUUCUACACUGGUCCCAGGGAACUCCGGUUUUGAUAUUAUUCAUGGCGUGGUUUGCGGGAGUCAAAAAAAUUCGACCACCCGCAAGUAUUCCGCAUGCUGCAUCUGAUAAGACGAACACCAAUAACUAGCACUACAGUAUGUACACGAAGCUAUUGGGGUCUGUGGGCGGUACUACUGCUUCAGGAACUACUGCGUCUGCUUCAGGAAAAAACUGCCAACUCAACCUGCCCCCCGCCCCCGCGAACGAUGCUUGCAGUGAUGCAGUGAGCCCCACCCCGGCCAAUUGGCCCCAAUCCGCUGCUGGCUUUUCAAAAUCGUUCCUCGCACUAUUAUUUAGCCGGUCUUCUCGUCCAGAAACGCGAUAGCAGCGGCCAUGCCCUUGUCCAUUUCUCCAGCAUCAGGCGCCUGGCCCUGUGCCGAAGUCGGUCUCCCCCCUCCCCGGCCCCCGCAAGCCGCGAGCGAAGAACGAAGCCACUCGUCCGCCUUAAGCCCGCCCUGGAGAAAAAAGAGAAAAAAUAGUUAAAUUAAUUGGUAGAUAACUUAUAUGGAGAAUCCCGGACUCUCGUCUUCGAUUUUGUUGUUUUUGUGAAACACAGAGAUGAUUCCGUUCGUUGUGGUGCAGAAAUAGAAACAAUUAAAACAGAUAGAGGGAGGCGAGGGGACACCUAAGACGAUACAAAACUAGAAGAAAAAAACUUCGUACACUCCAGAGAAAAGAAAGACAGUAGAUGAGAGAGCAAACGCGUCAGAUGGGAAACCGGGGGGGUUACAGGAGGAGAAUUCGAUGAGAAGCGAACAUGCUCCACACUGGUGUGCCAUAGAUACACCCUUCGGCAAGCAUCCCAAGGCGCAAGCAGUUACACAAUCAAACACGCACCUCUGCCGCAGCCCCUGCCACGGCGCUGAAAACCAGGAGUUUUCCCGUGGCCCCGGGUCCCUCGGCGCUAAAGCCCAUGAAAGAAAGCCCCGGCGCGACCUUAGAAACUCCGUCGAGGACUCGCUUCACGGCCUUCGAGUCCGCCCCGAUGGCCACCUAUGGAGGGGGAGACGUGGGAGGGGGGGG